UAACUUAGCCAUCCCUAAUUUAUCUCAAGCUUUUCAAUUCAUCUUCACUGCUCUGUGCACACUGGAACACCAGAUUGUCAACCCCUGGGAGCAGAAUGCAACCAGGGAUCUAGAGAGCUGUCACAUCCUGAGAAAUAUUUAAAUUGUGCUGAUUUUCUUCUGGAGUGCUGAGCAGAGGGAAUGAAACUCUCAAUCAAGUCAUAGCUUUGCGGGCAAUAGAUCAGAGGAUACUGCCAGUUUUUCUAAUGGAUUAUUGUUAUCGGGCAGGUUCUUCCUGAAGGUACCUACUGGAAAAGGUGCUUAGAAAAAAAAAGGAUCUAGGGACCUGGAUAAGUACAUGAUUUGCAAAACCAGAAUGAAUGAAUGCUUUCAGACUCUUUUCAGUGAAGCAGCUGUAGCUUGGAUUCCAUUGUGUGACCUUGACGCUUACUGUCAAGCCCUUCAGAUAGGUAACUGCUUGAUUUGGCAAGGUUAAAAGUUCUUGGCUUGGACCAUCAAAUGUUGAGGCAUUCUCCUAGGAGUUUUAAUUUCUUUCUUAUGAGCUGUUGUGAGAUGACUUUGCACUGAAGUUUUCAGUUCCUGCAUCUGCUGGCACAAAUGAAAUGUUGUGACACUACCAUAUGCUUUUCUUCAUGUGAGACACGACUUGAAAAUCUUUGAUAAAAUGAGAUGCUUGCGGAAACGAUCAGCAGCGUCAUUCUUAGGAGUCCUUGUCAUUUGCUUACUGUUCAUGAACUUGUACAUUGAAGAUAGUUAUGUUUUGGAAGGGGACAAGCAAUUAAUCAGAGAAACAGCCACGCACCAGCUCAACCCAGAACGUUAUGUUCACACUUUUAAAGAUUUGUCUAAUUUCUCAGGAUCUAUAAACAUUUCCUAUCGCUACCUAGCUGGCACGCCUUUGUCAAGGAAAAGGUAUCUUACAAUCGGGCUGUCCUCUGUGAAAAGGAAAAAGGGAAACUACUUGCUUGAGACCAUCAAGUCCAUAUUUGAGCAGUCGAGUUAUGAAGAACUCAAAGAAAUUGCAGUGGUAGUGCAACUGGCAGAUUUUGACUCAUCCUGGUGUGAAGGGAUGGUCCAGGAUAUUUCACAGAAGUUUGCACAUCACAUAAUUGCAGGCAGAUUAAUAGUUAUUCAUGUCCCUGAGGAGUAUUAUCCUGUACUGGAUGGCCUUAAGAGAAAUUACAAUGACCCAGAGGACCGUGUGAAGUUUCGAUCCAAACAAAACGUAGAUUAUGCUUUUCUUCUUAACUUUUGUGCUAAUCUUUCUGACUACUAUGUGAUGUUAGAAGAUGACGUUCGCUGCUCAAAGAACUUUUUGACUGCUGUUAAGAAAGUAAUUACCUCACGAGAAGGAUCCUACUGGGUAACUUUGGAAUUCUCCAAACUGGGGUACAUUGGAAAGCUUUACCAUUCCCAUGACCUCCCACGUCUGGCCCAUUUUUUGUUGAUGUUCUACCAAGAAAUGCCUUGCGAUUGGCUACUUAUCCACUUUCGUGGGUUGUUAGCUCAAAAGGAAGUGAUCCGUUUUAAGCCAUCUCUGUUCCAGCACAUGGGAUACUACUCGUCUUACAAAGGAGCUGAAAAUAAGCUAAAGGAUGAUGAUUUUGAAGAGGAAUCCUUUGAUAUCCCUGACAACCCACCUGCAAACUUGCACACCAAUAUGAAUGUAUUUGAAAACUAUGAGGCAAGCAAGGCUUACAGCAGCAUUGAUGAGUACUUCUGGGGCAAAGCUCCUUCUACUGGAGACUUCUAUGGUAUUGUAUUUGAAAAACCCAUUAAAAUCACCAAAAUUAAAGUUGUCACUGGAACUGAAGACCGGCAAAAUGACAUUUUGCAUCAUGGGGCCCUGGAAGUAGGAGAAAAGAUUGUAGGGAGUAAAAAAGGGAGACAAUGUACUACUUACUUGAGACUAGGGGAGUUCAAAAAUGGGAAUUUUGAAAUUACAGAUGUAGAGAACAAAGUUCUGUUUGAUAUUAACUGCAUGAGAAUACUUGUUACCAAAAGUCAAAAAGAAUGGCUGAUCAUUAGGAGCAUUAGCAUCUGGACUUCACAAACACCAAAUCAAUAAAACAAAGCCAACUGAGAAGGUGCAGAGUACAUACAAUCAGCUGGGUCCCAACUGGUGCCAUUCCCUAGAAAAACAGACUUAUUUCCAACUCUUCACUAGAGACACAGAAAAUCUAGGGAAAUCACAAAACAAAAAAAGCAAUUUAUUUUUUACUAGUCUGGUCAGGCAAUACACAAACACUUAUUUCUUGAAAAUUUUGAAUUUUAUAGGAAAUGUAAUUCUCAGACUUCUCUUGAGACCUGGAACCCCUUUUUUAUUACCGUUUCUCUGUAAGAGAGAUCUGCUGGACUAAACAGAACAAAACAAAAUAUCCUAUAAUUACCAAAAGAUUUAAAGUAUUGAAAAGUAUGUUGUGAAAAAAAUGGGUUGCACCUCAUGCACAUAUAGUUUCAAAAUGUUAUAGUAGUAUGCGUUCGUACAAUAUUUGGUGAUGUAGUUCUUUUAAAGGCAGUUGUGACAUGAAAAUCUGUCCUGAAACUGGCAUUUUCAUUCUGAGCACUGUAAGAGGAUAUUGUGGCUAAGCAUUGCAACUUCUUUUCAAAGGGGAAUGUAUGUAAAAUUAUAAAUCUGAUAUGACAACUAUGUAAAAAAUAGAUAAUUGCAUCUGUUAUUCUGUCUCAACAAAUAUCCUUUUUUUUUUUUUUCCCCGGUCCUUUCACUGAAACAAACACUACUUGGAUUCUGUGUUACUUAGGGGACCAAUUUACUCUCCAUAUUUGAGCAAAAUGCCUCACAGUAAGCAAGCAUUCCGCUUGAGUGCAGGUGUUGCUCUCAAACCCAAGCACCUCAAGGUUCUCUUAGACAGUCAUCUCAACAGAUCUAAGUUUCAACAUUUUCAGUUCCUUCAGCAUAUGCAGAGCUCCACAUGUGAAAUUUGUAAACAGCUGAAUAUCGCAGCACGCUUUCUGAGAACAGUUAGGCCUUCCACACCCACAUGUGCAGUCCAUGUACGAUACAAACAUAAAGCAUAGCAGGAUAAUGAAUUGAAGGUGAAUGUAAUCAGCUGGUUUUUCCUGGAUGGUCUUUAGUGAAUAGAGCAGAUGCAAAAUGAAGAAUAUUGAUUGAAUGUAAAGUUAAUAUGUUGCUAAUCGGUUUUCUUCAGUAUUCUAAUCCUAAUCCUGUUAAUUUUGGAGUUAUCUUCCCAUUGCCUCUGGUUAUUCUCUGUAUUCUAUUUUACCUGGCUUUAGCCAAUAAGUAAGAAAAUUCCCCUCAGUCCUCAUGACUUUGAUGUCAGCUCUGGGCUUUCAGCGCAUCACACAGGGAGGAUGUAUAGAUAUGUGAUUUAUACAACAAGUAUACAUUUGGAUUCACACAAUCUAGUGGACAGGUUGACCCCCAAGAAAUUUUCCAGACUCUGGAAAAUCGAAGACACUUUAAGAAACCCACAAAGAUCAAGCGUGACACAGAUGAACACUGUAUUGUCAAUCUCAUGAAUACUGCGGUUAUAAUCUAACUGAGUGUAUGGGUUUUAGUUAAAUCUGGAAAGGAAAGGAUCAAAUUUCAAGAAUGCGUGCAUUGACCGGGAGUGACUAACUACUGUACUUCAUACAUCCAAACCUUACAUGGCUAUUUCAGAUGAGUAAAUUGUUAAAAAUCUAAAUAAAACAGCAAUGUAAUUGCCUUUCCUGGUUCAUAAAUCCUACUAAAUUCAGGUCCAAGUUUGGCAAAUAUCGCUAUACAGAUGUAAGAUACACUUAAAAUAAAUUUUCUGAUACAUGCUUCUACAUAAUUCAUCAGAAAAGCAUCCUCUUCUGAAAAAAAAAAUUAUUUCUUUGUUCCUUAAUUAGUACCUAAAUCUAUUAUUCAUAGUAUUCAUAUAAUAUCUUCAGUAAAAUAGAUUAAAACCAGUGUACUCCUUCAAUCUGAAAAGGAAAAUAAUACCAUUUUUUAAAAAUUAAAACUAUCUGUUAAUCUCAAAUGGUUAUAAAUACUUACAAAGGACUUGCUUUUUAACAGUGAUUUCCUACAAUUUUCAGAUAUUAGCUGAUAAUUAGUCAGCAGUCAACACCUAUCUUUUUAAUGAACUGUUGGUUUUCUUUUUGCUUUCCUUGUUCAUCAGCUAUUAGUGCCAAAGCAAAUACAACUAGCUUAACAAGGACCAUUACCUUUACUUUUAUUCAGAACUGCAGUAUGUCCAAACCAAUCUUCUAAAUUAGAAUAUAUGCUCCACCCCAAAGUUUGAAAUGUUCUUGUAACAAACCAUAUACAGUGUGAACGGCUAGUAUGAACUAAAUGCUAGCUCCAUCAGCUUGAAGUGAUUUAAAUGAUAUUUUUUAGUUAUGAGCUGAACAAAGGUGGUUUUCUUUUUAAAACAACAGUAGUAAUGAGUUUCAUCUUUGAAAUCAUGUCUUAGCAGUGAGAACUCCCUGGCUGUUACCAGUCUGAGAGGGUCAAACCCACAAGUGCCGAGUGAAUAACUCCAAAGGAAAGUUUGCUUGUUUGUGGACAGUGCUAUGUGCUGUAAAUGCAUGCACUAGUCUUUCUGUUGAAUUUGAAGUGAUUUGGGAAAACUAAUGGAUACUACAUAUAUUCCAGAAGAGGUAAGAGGAUGCUUCUCUAAGCUACUGUUUUGACCACUCACCUUAGUGCAUGGGUUCCGGCUCCUUCUUCACAGAAUGCAUUUUAUCUGACACAUUCACAUGAAAAUUGUUGCCAAAUUUUGAAAGAAAAAAAAAGCCAUAAAAUCCAUGAUAAUUGGUUUUAGCCGGAUUUCAGAAAGAUACAUUUGAAGAUUUGUUCUUUUUUUCUUCAUGUGCUAAGAGAAGUGAUUGCCUUCAGAAUGCAAAAUGUUUAAUCUGAUGUACCUAUGUUUACUAACAGUCUCAAAAGUCUGGAUUUUCUUUUCUUUCACUGAUGAAGAAAAAGAUUAGCAGUGUCACAAAGCUCUGUUUAUUGGUGUAUACAGUUGGGUUUGUUGGUGUGUAUUUCUUGUGUUUAUUUCUGGAUUGAACAUUGAUAUUUUUGUACUGAAAUGCCAAUGCUGAAAAUAUUAUACUGUGAUCUGCACACUGAUGGAUCUAUUCUUUACGCAUAUACAUGUAUUGUUCUAUUGGCACUGUUUGGGAUUCCUCAUUGGAUGAUGUCCCUGGGCUUUUUUUUUUUUUGUUAACUAAAAGCCAGUUUGUUCUCUACCAUUCUUCACGUAGUAUAAUCCCUCUGACACAGGGAACUAUUGGGAAGUAAAAUACUACUCACUGUGAAUUAAAAGAACUGAGCCCUUACUUUAGUGCUGAGUAAAUAAAACUAGAAGACAGUAAUUGUCAGGCAGACCAGUUUUAGAAUACUUACUAUAUUUACCAUGAUAAAGGUAAUUCACUAAGGUGCUAUAUGAAUGUGUUAUUUUUUAGAUCAAUGUUCUAACAUGAUGGUCUAUUUUAUUCUCUUGUGUUAGACACUAAUGUUUUUGGCUUUUAUAAAGGGAAAUCGGGAACUUGAUCAUUAUUGGAUUAUUAAAAGUGAAAUAAAAUGCAAAUUAUGACACCUCAAAAAUAUUUCAUCUUGAAAAACUAUUAAAGGGAAAAAAAAGGUGGCUAAGCAUCUUAGACACUGCAGAUGCAAUCAGAUUUCAUUGUGAAGCAUUUUGGAGGUUCUGAUGGAAAUGAUAGUUCAUACUACUCUCAUGUUAAAUUUGCAGUUCUGUUAGGCUGUAUUUCGAUAAGUAUAAAUUCUGAGUAGUAAUGCAGAACAUGUAUCAUAAGCACAAGCUGUGUCAUAUCCUCAAAAGGUACAGCAUAAUGUUUUGCAAAAACCAGGUGGAAGAUACAGAUGUAUUAUAAUGAAACCUAAUUAAGGGAUUUCGUUGUCGUAUUCUAUAUAUAAAGACAAAUGAAUUGAAGUGUCUCUGCCAUUCUACCAGCUUUUCAGAUAAAUUAAAACAAGGGCCUUAAUCCUUGUCUUUCUCUUAUUUGUCCUUGGAGAUGAAAACUAAAAAAAUUAUGCUCCUUUUAGUGGAAGCAGGAUUGACCCAUAUAUUAUAAAAGCCUGAAAGUAUUGAUUUUGUAAAAUAUUAUUUUUUUAACAUAAAACAUAUUUUUCUUACAUUUUCUACUUCAGUUUUAGCCACCCUGGAAGGCUGAAAUGAAAUAGUCUCCAAACAGAUGCAUUUUGGUAUUUCCAGAUAGCAUAUUCCAAAUUCUUGCCUCUUUUACUACUUUUGUCACAGUAAAUACAUUCUGUGUCACUUAGGCAGUUGUGUUCCUUAGCAGCACAGUCAGGUGUGUAGACUGAGGCUAGACUGCUGCUUCUGUGGUAAAUGGAGAGAAAGAGGAGCACUGUUCAGAGUCAUCUCAGCAUACAAUGGUUGUGUAAGAUCUGUUUCACUCUAAUGACUAUGGUGGGAGGCUAUGCAAGUGGUUUGGCCUGAACGUUCGUGUCCUAGAUAUUUAGAGCUACAGUAGAUCAGUUUCUGUUGCACGGUUACAUACAGUACUUAUAAAUCUAGAUAAUAACACUAUACAUAUAAACCUUUACAGAUAAUUUCCUAUCAGCAGCACUACUUCAUUGCGAGGAUGUUCAGUAUCGUCAUCAUGAACACUACCUUGCAAUUUCAAUGAAAAUAAUUUGUUUAGCUUUAAAAGCAGGACUAUGAAGUCCCACCUUGAGCCUAAAGCAUUAUUUAUUACGUUAGGUUAAAAAUUAAAAUAAGUACAGAAAAAGAUUAAUUGCAAAAAUAUUUCUGUAAUAGUUGUUUAUUGUUAAUUUGGCAUAAAACAGAAUUGGCACCUGGGCAGACACCAGGCUAUUUUUCAGCCAGGAUUUAAAUGUUUCUCAGCUAUCAUACUACUUACUAUGAAUUCUCAAAUAAAAUUCCACUUGGUCCUGACAGUUGUAAAAAGGGUCUUAAAAUUCCAUGUAUAACUUGAAAGUACUUUAAGGAGUUAUAUUGAUAAUUAAACCGUCUGCCAGCCCUUUACUGGGCUUAUGUAAGAGUUUCACAUUUAAUGAGUAAAGCUGAAGAUUAAAAGCUGAUGCUCAUUUCCUUCAUUCAGCUGGUUAAAUAGCUGCCUUCCAUCUCCCUUACCACUUACUCACUAUUAUUUGGUUUGCUUUUGCCAGUUCAGGAAAACCUGCCUGGCAGCCACGGAAAUUUCAGGCUUUGAAUUCUCAGCCUCAAAGGUACUGUAUUUGUACUUUAUGAAACAUUCUCCUUUCUUAACAGACACAUACCGUUUUUUUGAAAACCAGCAUAAGUGUGGUGUUCAGCUUCUGGGGUUCUCCCUUGGUGUUAUUAGAAUAGGUUUUCUUCCCAGAUAAGUGCAUCUAGCAAAGAUGUUAAAAAAGACAUUGCUAGGGAAGAAAACAACUGCUACGCAAAAGACCUAUUUUUAUUCUUAAAACUGGGUUCAAAGGCAGUUUAAGUAGAAAAUACGAAAAUAGCACGAUGGCAAGAAAGGGUCAAAUAAAAAUGUACAUAUGUUUCUGCACUUUAACUAAAUUAUCAUUUAAAUGUGGUUGGUUGUCAGUGUAUCAUCAUUGUAUGAACCCUUUUACAGCAAAAGGAAGGUCCCUAGAAUUGCUCCUUUUCUGCUGUCUCAAUAAAAGUAAUAGAUUCAGCUUUCAAAAGCAUUGCCUUGGGCAUGCACACUGAUGUGGUACACAAAGAACAAUAUUGGCUGUCUGUCCAGCCAGCUGCAUUGCAGCACUCGAAUACUUAUGUCUGCCAGGGUCGGGGUGAAAAUGUAACAAGGAGAAGUUACUAUCCUCGCUACAAUACCUGUGAUAUUUUUGGAAAUAAAUGUAAGAUAUGAAAAAAACCUUUGGCUUAGUGCCCUUCUCUUUAACCACAGUACUAUUCAGUUGCCUUUUAAGCAUAGAUGCUGCAUUUUCAUUCAUUUAGCUUGGGCCAGAAGUUCAUAUAGCCCAAGAGGAAAAAACAUACUUCAUACGACAUUUGACAAAGAGUUAUUGUAUACUAUGCUUUCUCCAAUGUAUGUUCAUCUUGUUCCAAUAACCUGAAUUUAGACUUCCUGCUUAAACUGGAAUCUAGAGCUACAGUUUAAAACAUUCUGGCAUUUUUUCUUAGUUUGCC